AUGAACAGAUCACCAGGAGAGUUCCAGCGUUUCGCCAAGGCGUUCCAACAGCAGCUAUCAAGAGCGCAACAGGCAGGCAAGAACAGCGGUGGAAAUACCGGGGGACAAGUGCCAAGAGGCGCUUUUGCAGGUGUGGGAGGGCUGGUUUUACUUGGAGGCAGUGCCAUGCUGCUAAAUGCGUCUCUUUUCAACGUUGACGGUGGUCACAGAGCCAUCAUGUACUCGAGAUUGAGCGGGGUUCAAUCGCGUAUUUUCGCUGAAGGAACUCAUUUCGCUUUUCCAUGGCUAGAAACGCCUAUCAUCUACGAUGUUAGGGCCAGACCUAGAAAUGUAGCAUCGCUCACUGGUACGAAGGAUUUGCAAAUGGUGAAUAUUACCUGCAGGGUUUUGUCGAGACCGGAUGUUUCGCAAUUGCCAACUGUGUAUCGUACGUUAGGCCAGGACUACGACGAAAGAGUGCUUCCUAGCAUUGUCAACGAGGUGUUGAAGGCAGUGGUUGCCCAGUUCAACGCCUCCCAAUUGAUCACCCAAAGAGAAAAAGUCUCAAGACUUAUUCGCGAAAAUUUGGUGCGUCGUGCGUCCAAAUUCAAUGUGCUACUGGACGAUGUUUCGAUCACCUUUAUGACUUUCUCUCCAGAGUUCACUAACGCCGUUGAAGCCAAGCAAAUUGCGCAACAAGAUGCCCAAAGAGCUGCUUUCGUGGUAGACAAGGCAAGACAGGAGAAACAAGGUAUGGUCGUGAAGGCCCAAGGUGAAGCCAAAUCCGCUGAACUGAUUGGUGAGGCUAUUAAGAAGUCGAAGGAUUACGUGGAGUUGAAAAGACUGGAUACCGCUCGUGAAAUCGCCACAAUCUUGAGCGAAUCUCCAAACAGAGUCAUUCUCGAUAACGAGUCUCUGUUACUAAACACGACGGCUGACAGCAGAUUCAAGAAAUGA